AUGUCUUCGCUGUUAUUACAGCUACAGCCAAUCAUCAGUCGCCCGAUUCCGAUAAAUAGUGGAGAAAAUCAGGAUACGAAAAAAACCAAUAAAGAUGGAUUUCGCAUUACUCCGCCGUCUGGUGAAGGAAAUUUCAGGGACCCUCUCGAGAUCUUGGGUGAAAAAUUCCCAGAGUCAAAAAUUAUGCAUUUGUGCAAGGCAAAUUUGUACAUGUACGCCGAUAUCAUUACGGAAGUGACUUUUCCUACGGACUCCAGCAAGCUUUGCGGGACUGUUUGCAAAAGCUACCAAGAAUCGAUGUACUUGGAACCGGGAGUAACCGUGUCGUUGAUGCACUCGACCUGUGAUUAUACCGGUGACACGAUCCUCGAGGAACAUCCGGCGAACGAAACGCACGCGGCUAAGUCACCGGACAUGAGCACCUCGUGUGUAUGCGCGUACAACGUYCGUUGCAACAGAAAAACGAAACUAGUGAAGUACACGUUGACGCCGAACGAAAGUGGAUUUCUCAGGGUGUCGGUUGCAGACUGUAAGUUGUCCGGUUAUGUCACUUGA